UCCGAUACUUCUCUGAAGAAAUAAAAAUAAAUUCCAUGCGUCCAUCUCGACCGUCCCCCUUAAAAUCUACCAUUCACGUGUAUCGAUCGAACGGUCAAUGACUUCUCACUAAAGAGUAAAGAUUCCUCCUCGAAACCAUGCCUAACUGGGCGGGGACCCUUUUCCUUUCCUUUCACCAACUUUCGAAAUUACUUACGGCCCCACAUUCCCACGAGCAGUCGGGCUCUUGUCUUCACGCAAUGUAGGGGGCCGAAUCGUAAUUUAACUAGGUGCUAACGUUGAGGGGCUCCUAGUUAACGACGGUAUCGGCACUCGGGGAUUGAGCCGCCAUUGUACUGCAUUUCAUUCUCUUCUCUGCUCCCUCAUCCGCCAUGAACGCCACUCGAGCUCUCGUCCAUUGAUUCUGCAUAGAUGCAGAUUCUAUCGAUUCUGAUUUCCGCCUGCAUGCAGCUCUGCAUUUCUCGCUCUCUCUAACGGUGUUUCUUUCGUCGAUAACAAUGGUUUCGUUAACUGAUUCUCAGAUCCCUUCGUCGCUGAGCCCGUGCUCGUCAUCAGCGAGAAUCCAGAGGUCCUAUGGGCGUUCUAUGCGGACGAUUCGGUCUAAUCUGUAUCAAAGCGGACGGGAUUGUCAAAGCGGACGGGAUUGCUCACCUGAGCGGUCGCCGACAGCUGCCCGCUCCGCUGCGGUGUCGGAAAUAUUGACGGAUUCCAUCAUUGAUUUCAGGCUAGGGGAGCUAACCGCCGGUUACAUGGCGUCCGCAGCGAAGUCACCUCCGCAGGCCGACGACGCAACCGAACUUCUUCAGAUUUCAAGGGAUUUCUCCGAUUUCUCUAGCUUCAACUCCGACAUUUCAGGCGAGCUCCAGCGGCUAGCUUAUAUUUGUGAUAGCAAGUCUCCGCAGCGGGUGCUGGAGGACAUGGAUCGAGCUGAGGCUGAAGCUGCUGACGCUGAAGCUGUUGGGUCCACUGAGAUCCUCGACAUUUCGUCGCCGGAGGAGGUGGAACCAGUUGUUAAAUUAUGUGCGGAGACACUGAUGAACUCCUCCAGUCCCAUAGAAUCGAAACGCACAGCAGCGGCGCAAAUCCGUCUUCUCGCCAAGCAUCGAUCCGACUUCCGGGAGCUCAUCGGCAUUUCUGGCGUGAUCCAGGCCUUGAUCCCCUUGCUUCGCAGCACCGAUCCUGCUGCACAAGAAAAUGCGGUCACUGCUCUCCUCAACCUCUCUCUCCAGGAAUCAAACAAAACCCCCAUUACUGACGCCGGCGCGAUCAAACCUCUCGUGUACGCUCUACGGACUGGUACGUCAACCGCGAAGCAGAACGCGGCGUGCGCGCUGCUCAACCUUUCGAUGAUCGAGGACAACCGCAUCACGAUCGGGGUAUGCGGGGCUAUCCCACCUCUGGUUUCGCUUAUGGUGAAUGGGUCAAGCAGGGGGAAGAAGGACGCGCUGACGACGAUGUACAAGCUCUGUUCGGCACGGCAGAAUAAGGAUCGGGCGGUAAGUGCAGGUGCGGUGGCGCCACUUGUUGGUUUGGUCGCAGAACGAAGCGGAGGCAUGGCUGAGAAGGCGAUGGUGGUGUUGAGUAGCUUGGCGGCGAUAGCAGACGGAAGGGAAGCGAUUGUAAAGGAAGGUGGGAUUCCGGCCCUUGUUGAGGCGAUUGAGGAUGGCCCGGCGAGGGGAAAGGAGUUUGCUGUGCUCACUCUGCUUCAACUCUGCGCUGAUUCUGCCCGCAACCGCGGGCUUCUUGUGCGGGAGGGCGCCAUUCCUCCACUCGUCGCGCUUUCACAGUCGGGUUCCGCCCGCGCCAAACACAAGGCUGAAACACUACUGGGAUAUCUGCGGGAGCCACGGGCUGACGCCGCUGCAAGGGCUGCUUUGGGUGGAAAUGUAAGGUAAAUGGCAUGACACAUGGUGUGUUUUUAUUGCUUGAAGUUUUUUUUUAUUUGUUCCGCGGGUGUAUAUUUGGAUGGCUGUUUUAGUGCACUUGUAGUGUAAAUAGGAUAGUAGUAGUAUGUGUGGAUUUAACGAUUGAUUAAAUUGUAGCCGUCCAUUAAGUGGAUUGAAGGCUUAGGAUGAUGGUAAGUGAGUCAUGAUGGCAUGAUAUAUGCCAUGAUCUAGUUGUUGCAUGUCAUGCGAGGAUGCAAGGCAUGCAUGCAUGCAUGACUUCGCUUUUAUGAUGUUAUUAUUACUUAAUGUAAUUUGGGACUUGGAGAAAUUCUUCUUAAAUGCC